AUGAGCGGGCAAAUGUUGGCAGGCCGGCUUCGCGCUGUUUCGCGGCGCGCGAACGCAGUUACUUCAACCCGUUACAUCCAUCGUUUCCAGACCGGCGGCCUUCUGCAGGCGGAUAGCUCGAUUCGGGCAACCCAGCGACGUAUGUGGCUCGGCGGUAACGCCUUUCAUAAUGCAGUUGCCGUCAGAAACGCCUCUUUUGUUCGAUUCUUACCGAAGUUGAUGUUGAAAUUUAUACGGCUCCCUGCAAUGUUCGGUGGCCUAGCAAUAGGAACCUUUGCAUGGGUGCAGUAUCAGGCAAAUCAGGCUGGCGCUUAUGCCAUUGAUAUCUUCCAUUCUACGAAAGACGCAGUCACGAACACGGCUUCGAAUUUUCUCGGCGGCGCCAAGGGAGUUGCCGAGCAAACACUUCAGGGUUGGGAGAAUACGAAGGAGCAAAUCGGGCUUCCAGAAUGGCUAAGAAACCUUGUUCAAGCUUCUCAAGAAACUACAAGUGGCGGUGGCGGCGGCAACAGUAGUAACGAUCCAAAGCACAGCAAAAUUGGAGCGGCUACCGCUGUUGGAGCUGCUGCAGCUGGUUAUGGAUACGAGAGAGAAGACGACGCGAACACAAGCGAAGAGGAUGCGAGGGAUGACCAAAUGAUGGUUCUUACGAAGAAGAUGAUUGAGAUUCGGACGAUACUUCAAAAAGUUGGGCAGUCGAGCACACUUACGCUUCCAUCGAUUGUUGUCAUCGGGUCUCAAUCUUCAGGCAAGAGCUCGGUACUGGAGGCAAUCGUUGGCCACGAGUUUCUGCCUAAAGGCUCGAACAUGGUAACACGCAGACCCAUUGAACUGACUCUCGUCAACACGCCAGGCUCCACGGAGGAAUAUGGAGAGUUUCCGGAGCUCGGCCUAAAGCACAUCAGUGAUUUUACUUCGAUCCAAAGAACUCUUACAGACCUCAACCUGGCCGUUCCCGAUUCCGAAUGCGUUUCUCACGAACCCAUUCAACUCACUGUCUACUCACCAAAUGUCCCGGAUCUAUCUCUGAUUGACUUGCCUGGCUAUAUUCAAGUUGUUGGUCAAAACCAGCCGCUGCAGCUGAAGCAGAAAAUCUCUGAACUUUGCGACAAGUAUAUACAGGCACCCAACGUGAUUCUCGCGAUCUCUGCCGCAGAUGUUGAUCUAGCCAACUCUACUGCUUUGCGCGCUUCGCGACGAGUCGAUCCGCGUGGUGAACGAACCAUCGGGGUAAUAACCAAGAUGGAUCUCGUGGAUGCUGUACGCGGAGCAGCGAUUCUGAAUGAUAAGCAAUAUCCACUCCGCCUUGGCUAUGUCGGUGUGGUCUCAAGGGCACCUCAGUCCCAGGGCCUAUUCAAAAUGGGAGCGUCCAAUCUCCUGGCCGCCAUUACGAAGAAUGAGAAAUCCUUUUUCUCAACUCACCCGCUGGAAUACGGUCCAGAAGCCGGAGUGAGUGUCGGGACAGUAACCCUUCGGAAGAAGCUCAUGCACGUGCUAGAGCAAACCAUGUCUGCCAGCUUACAGACCACAAGUGACGCUAUCCGCCAGGAGCUUGAGGAAGCCACCUAUGAAUUCAAGGUGCAAUAUAAUGAUCGCCCACUCUCCGCAGAAUCAUACCUAGCGGAGAGUUUGGAUGCUUUGAAGCAUUCAUUCAAGCAACUGACGGGUGAAUUCGGUCGUCCACAGAUGCGUGAGCUCCUAAAGGGCGAGCUGGAUCAGAAAGUGCUUGAUCUGCUCGCAGCCAGGUACUGGAAUAAACCCAUCACAGACCUGCUGCCUCCACCCCUCGAAACAGACAAGAUAGCGGAUCUGCCCAAGACUGACACUGACUCGCUUUAUUGGCGUCGUCAGUUGGACGCCUCUUCUUCUGCAUUAACAAAACUUGGUGUUGGAAGAUUGGCAACCACUGUCGUUGCCGCAGCUAUUCAAGACAGCGUCGAAGCGCUUCUGGAUCAAUCCAGCUUUUCCAAUCACCCGUUCGCAAGGAGUGCAGUUAUGGACGCUGCAUCAACAAUUUUGAAUGAGCGUUUCUACAGCACCAGCGAUCAAGUUGAAAAUUGUAUUAAGCCGUAUAAAUUUGAAAUUGAUGUCGAGGAGCGCGAGUGGGCUCAAGGCAGACAGCAUGUCAGCACUCUCUUGAAGAAAGAGCUGGAUGACUGUGAAACCGCGAUGUCAACUCUUGAGACUUCGGUCGGUGGACGUCGCAAACUGAGGGAAGUCGUCUCAUUUGUUGACAAGACCCGCAAGGGUGACGUUGUCGUGGAAGGUGAUGGACGCAGUGGCGCUGGCGGCUUCAGCGCUGCAUUGCUUAGCAAAGCCGUCUUCCUUCGUGACCGAGCCGACAUCAUCAAGCUGCGUCUUAUGGCUGUAAAAUCGAACCAAUGCGCUAACCUGAAGAACAAGUACCAAUGCCCAGAAGUUUUUCUCGACGCUGCAGCAUCCAAACUUGCCUCUACCGCUGUUCUGUUUUUAAAUGUCGAAUUACUGUCGGAAUUUUACUACAACUUUCCUAGGGAACUCGAUCUUCGCUUAGGCAAGCAUCUGUCAGACGCCGAUAUUGAGAGAUUUGCCAAGGAAGAUCCGAAAAUUCGACGUCAUCUGGAGGUUAUUCGCAGAAAGGAGCUACUAGAGCUCGUUCUCGAGAAGAUGGAGAGCUUGAAACAGUUGGAAGGCCUCGAACGAGAGCGCCUCGCAUCCAACCGUAAGCUCCCUAAAGAGCGCGGCAGGUGGGGCCUAUUCUAA